AUGUUCACCCAGGCUCUUGGGGCGUUCGCCCUAUUCAAUUGUCUUCCUCUCGCACAAUCGACACCCAUCUCAGAGAAACAAUGCGGGACAGCUCGCUGGGAGCACAAGCCCAAACUCUUUGUUCUCACAGAUAUCAGCAAUGAGCCCGAUGAUCAGAUGAGUCUUGUUCGUCUUCUCACUUACGCCAACGAGAUAGACAUCAAGGGAAUUGCAGUGACCACUUCAACAUGGAUGCCUGACAAGAUAGACUAUGAGUCCGUCGUCGGUGUACUGGAUGGGUACAAAAAGGUCGUUGAUAACCUCAACGCCAAUGUCCCUUCUCAUGCGCCUUAUCCUUCGCAUAAAUCCAUGCUUGGCCGGAUCCACAAGGGCCACCCAGUCUAUGGACGAAAGUCGCUCAACAUGACUCUGAGCGAUGGUGCUAAAGCGCUCAUCAAGGCAGCGGAUGAGGCCAGUACCCAUGAUCCUCUUACUGUCUCUGUCUGGGGCGGUAGUGCAAUCCUGGCCGAGUCACUUCAACACGUUUCUCGCACGAGAAGUGAAGCCGCGGUUGACUCUUUUGUUGAGAAACUGCGCGUUUACGCCAUCUCGGACCAAGACGACACAGGCAUCUGGAUACGUCUUCGCUACCCACAACUCAUGUACGUUGUAUCCCUCCACGGCUUCAGCGAAUACACCGAUGCCACAUGGAACGGCAUCUCGGGAGAGGAAUAUCGUCACUUUGACCAAGGCGGUCCAGACUCAAGUAUCGUGUCCAACGACUGGCUCGAGAACAACAUUCGCUUAGGACCAUUGGGCUCACAUUACCUCAACUGGAGUUUCAUCAUGGAAGGCGACACACCUGCGUUUCUGCCUCUUGUGCAAAAUGGCCUCGGUGAUGUGAACAGACCUGACUUUGGAAGCUGGGGUGGUCGGUAUACUCUACUUGACCAUUCAGGACAGUCGAAAGUGUAUGCUGAUACAACCGAUUUUGUCGUUGGCAAGAAUGGGAAGAGCUUUACUAGCAAGUUUGCUACGAUUUGGCGAUGGCGUGAGGAUUAUCAAUUCGAUUUUGCAGCUCGUAUGAAAUGGACCAUCAACUCCAACUACUCCGAGAAUAACCAUCAGCCUGUCGCCAUCGUCAACGGGUCCUGUGGUCCUGCACCUCUAAAGCUCAAGUACAAGCCUGGUCAGAGCAUUGUUCUGGAUGCAUCUGAGAGUUGGGAUCCGGAUGGUGAUGAGCUCAAGUACGAUUGGUUCCACUACCGAGAGCCUGGCGAGGCAUAUGGACGAGGGCUAGAGGGAUUUGAUCCUUCUUUAAAGAUGAAGCCAAUAUUGACGACUCAGAGUCCGAACGUCAAUAUCACCAAUCUUAGCUCUGAUGGGAGCCUUGUCAAACUGGAGACUGCCAAGAAGCUCAAUGAUACCCUUCACAUCAUUCUCGCCCUUCGCGAUAAUACCGAGAAACCUCUUGCUACAUACCGCAGAGUUAUCCUGGAGGCCCACUAA